UACCGAUCAACACAGUUGCAUCGUUUAGCGUCUACAGUUCCCGCGUUGGUGUCUUUUUCCGGAUUGUUUCUUGUAGUAUUGCAUGUUAUAUUAUUCUUUGUUAAUAACGUCUGAGCUUUCGACAAUAUUCUUGCGAAUAUUAAUUUGACAAUGCCGAAAAGAAAGAAUCAAGCGUUAAUAGAUUCGGAAAGUAACGGUAGUGCAUCCGAAAGCGGAUCGGAUUUAGAUAACGAUCUACUUUCUCUGGCAAAGAAAAAGAAAGGUAAAACACAAGACGACUCUCAAUCCAAUGAAGACAACAGCAUUGCUAAAAAAGAUGUUAGACAUGAUUCUGAUACAUCAGAUUCCGAUGACGAUUGGGGAGCAAAGACUGGAAAGAUGAAAAAGAAAAAAAUUCCGACUAAAAGGAGUAAGCGAAAGAUGACUAAAUCCAGCAGCGAGGAAAGCGGAAGCGAUAAAGAAACUGCCAAAGUUUCUGAACCGGAAGAAGGCGAAGUAUCAGAUUCUGAUGCUAGCGUAUCCGAUUCUAGUCAAGAAGAAUUUAACGAUGGUUACGAUGACAAAUUAAUGGGAGAUGCUGAAGAUCAAGCAAGAUUGGCACAAAUGACGGAGAAGGAGAGAGAACAAGAAAUUUUUAAAAGAAUAGAACAUAGGGAAAUCAUGAAGACCAGAUUUGAAAUAGAGAAAAAAUUGAGAAUGGCCAAGAAACAGGAAUUGAAAAAACAAAAGGAAUCUAAGAAGAAGGAAAAGGGAGUGGAAGAUAAAAAGAUAGACAGGGCACCGGAUCCUAAGGAGAGAAGUAAGGAUCGUAAGAAAACGAUAGAGGAGAAACAAGAUAAAAAGUUUCACGCAAUGUCUUUGCUUAAGGCAAGACGCGAGGAAAAGAAAGAAAGGGAAGAGAAAGAGAAACAACGAAUAGAACAACAACAGCAACAAUCUAAGGACAUAGAAGAGGAAGAAUUGGAGGACGACCAUAAGGGAGGUGCUAAUAAAACUAAGCUAAAAGCUUCCGACAUUUAUUCUGAUGAUAGCGGUUCUUCGGAUAGCGGAGAAGAGGAAUCAAAUAAACUGGAAUCUCACCAAAGAUCAUCUUCCAGUGAAAGUAGAGACUCUGACUCUGACACGGAUAAAAAAUCUGUGAGCAGUAACAAAACUAAACCGAAGAAACCAUUAUUCGUUAGUACUAAAGAUGAAUUGAAUAAAAUAAGAUUAUCUCGUCAUAAAAUGGAAAGAUUCGUUCAUCUUCCAUUUUUCGAUCGAGUGGUACAAGGUUGUUUCGUUAGAAUCGGCAUUGGAAAUAAUAACGGGAAAGCAGUUUAUAGAGUAGCAGAAAUAAGCGGAGUUUGCGAGACCGGUAAAAUCUAUCAAUUGGGUGGUACGAGAACGAACAAAGGUUUAAAAUUAAGACACGGUAUUCAGGAGCGUGUAUUUAGAUUGGAAUUUGUAUCCAAUCAAGAAUUUACCGAAUCGGAAUUUUCCAAAUGGAAAGAAACGUGUGUUGCGCAAGGCAUAUCGAUGCCUACGUUCGACGAAGUAGAACAAAAAUUGAAAGAUAUUAAAGAGGCCUUAGUAUACGAAUUCAAAGAGGAGGAUAUUGAGAAAAUAGUUCGAGAAAAAGAAAGAUUUAAACAAACCCCAUAUAAUUAUGCUAUGAAAAAAGCUCAAUUAAUGCGGGAAAGGGAUGCAGCCAAUUGUAGAGGAGAUGACGAAACAGCGAGUCGUCUUAAUCAAGAAUUGAGCGAAUUAGAAGAACGUGCAUCCGAACUUGACAAAAUGAGAACUGCUACGAUAUCCAGUAUCUCUUACAUCAAUGAUCGUAAUAGAAAAAAGAACGUUGAAGAAGCGGAGAAAGCCAUAAUGGAGGAAAUUAAAGCCAACAAAGGGAAGAAGGUUGAUGACCCAUUCACUAGGCGAAGUACAAAACCAAGAAUGGUUUAUAAACCUGAUGAAGAGGACGCGCCUACAGCGACUAUGACAACUGACAAAUCAGGUUCUCAACAAAUCGGUGAUACUAUUUCUUCGAUCAAUGAAAAAGAAAAUGGUCAAGAAGUUAAAAAAAAACAGAGCACCGAAGACUUAUUCAAUGCUCAUGAUUUUGAUAUUACAAUAGAUUUAGAAGUACCAAUUCCAAACAAUCCUGUUAGCGUUUUACCUAAACCCGUGAGUAAUAUUAAGGAUACAGGACCUCGUCGUUCUUUGAACUUAGAAGAUUAUAAGAAAAAGCGAGGACUUAUCUAACAGUUUAUUUACUUUAGACUGAAUAAUAAUAAGAUUAAUUUAUCAAUGUUAUGUUAUAAUAAUCGAUAUAAAAAUCAUAGCUAUUUUUAUCACUAUUGAUCGAAAGUCAAAAUUAUAGUAUUGCUAGCUGCUCGUAAUAAUUAUUAUUAUUAUUAUUAUCAUCAUCUUUUUAAAAUGAUUACAGAGAGAGAGAUUGUU